AUGUACCGAAGAUUCGGGCAGGACAAGGUUGUGGUUAGUGUCUGUAGUCGUGGACUAAGCGUACGGGCCCGGCCAGGCAUCAGGUAUAGCCCCCUGAUGCGAGUGGGAGCUCUCCUGACGUUGGCUAGAAUAGGCGUCACAGUUAUAAGCUUCGGCCUGUAUGGUAUCCAAUUGAAGACUAGAUGGGUGACUAUCGAUAAAAGGGAAGGAAGUGGAAACGAGAGCGAUGUUCCCCUAGCACCGGAAGGGCUGAAUGUAUGGGAACUGAUGAAAGGGGAGAAGAUAGGCGCCAGAGUGAUUGGUAUCGGGUCCGUGUCGCCGGAAGAGAACUUAGCGUUAUAA